AUGGCAGAUGUGCGUCGUAACGGUGAAACAUUGAAAAAGAGUCACUUUGCGAGGCUACAUGAGAAAAUAAUCAACAAAUAUGAGGAAAUGCAAAGAAAAAUGGAAAAAUCAAGAUCAGUUGACUCGCUGUCAUCGCUCAGGGAAGAUUACGUCUAUAUGGAACCGAGAUACGCGAGUAGUGCUGACAUUAACAACUUCGAUACGGCCAAUGAUAUGCCUUUACUAAGAAAUCGUGUACAACAAAGUGUUAUAGAAGAAGAGGUGCGUAGGAAUAGUGCCACAUCCCAUUAUGUUGUCGCUAGAGAGUCAAGUGUUUCAGAAACUGAAGUCCUAACACCGUUUGAAAACAAAAAUGAAAACGAUGACGACUCUGACUCUAAUCGGUUUUUUGGCGAGGAUUUCUGCAGAUUGAGUCAAGAAUCUUUAAAUGAAGGGUCCAAAGAAAGUGAUGAAUAUCCAACACCAACACAUACGCCUCCGCCAGCGGUUUCCAUACGGGAUAAAAUUGGUUCACGGAUUACAGCUGUCAAAGAAAGACGUCGACAAAAAGAGAAGGAAAAGGAGAGAGAAAAAGAAAAGGAGAAUGAGAAGAAACUGUCUCGCGACAAAGUAGAAAAGUUUAUAUUCAGCAAUACUACUAAGCAGGACCGAGUAAAAUCGCUUAAAAGAACAAAAGUGGCUACAGUGACGAUCGCUUUAAUUGAAGCCACUGGCUUGGAAACUGACAUCUCAGAGGAAAAAAUCCGUCUAUUGUCUUGUCGUUUUAGAUUGGGUUCAGAGAAAUACAAGUCAAAAGUCACAAGAACAAACACAUCGAAAGCUAAAUGGCAAGAAUUGUUCAAUUUCAAUUUAUACGAAGACAAUAUUGUGGAGCUGUCUCUUUGGGAAAAAGACUUUUGUGUUGGCAGAUCAAACAUUGAUCUAACAGAAAUGGAAAAGGAGAGGACACAUAAAAUGCGCAUCAAAUUGGAGGAAGGGGGGAAUGUCGAAGUGUUUUUACUCCUUACAAUUUCUGGUUUCUCAAUCAUAAGCCUUGAUGACUUUCAAGAAACACAACGAAGACUAACACAGGGUCUAGAAAAUUCUUCUCAAUCAAAAUGUGAAUCUCCAGGAGUUGGCAGUCUGACUGUUAUAGUGUAUGGUGCUAAAGGCCUAGCAGGCAACGAGUGCCACUGCGUUUUGGAAAUUGAUAAUGAAAGGGUACAAACUCAUACUGAAUUCAAAACCAAUGACCCUAACUGGAUGAAGAUCUUUACAUUUGACGUGACAGACAUCACCUCAAUCCUAGACAUAUGCAUCCAUGACGAGAAGAAAUCCGAAGACAUAGGGUGCCUCUCUAUACCUUUGCUGAAUAUCAAAAGUGGUGAGAAGAAAUGGUACGCCCUAAAGGACUCUAGCCUUCGAGACAGGGCUAAAGGACAUAAUCCAAGGAUACUACUGGAAAUGGACCUCAGUUGGAAACUUAUGCCAGCAUCGAUUCGCGUGAUAAACCCGAAAGAAGUUAAAUACUUAGAAGUCAAACCCAAAUUGGACCGGCAUACAUUUUCAAAGAACCUCGCUAGAGCUAAAGUCGUGUUUAAUUGGACAAUGGAAUCUUUCAGAGUUAUGAAAACAUGUUUUGAAUGGGAAUCAAGGAAGGCGAAUGUGGUAGCAUUGACAACAUGGCUGAUGUUCUGUUGGUUCUUCAAAAUUUGGAUGUUGCCUCUAAUACUGCUCAUACCUUUCUUUUGGUAUCGACCUCCGAAAUACUUCCUCGUUCGAUGGAAAGACUAUUUUCUGAAAAGGAAUGAUCCAGUGGAGGAGGAUGGGAAGAAAGAUAAGGAAGAGAAAAAAGAAUCGUUGAGACAAAAAAUAAAUAGCUUGCAAGAAAUGGUGCAGAGUGUACAGAACUUUAUCGGAGCAUUCGCUAAUCUAGGUGAAAGUAUUAAAAAUCUGUUCAACUUCACAGUGCCGUUUCUCAGUCUAUUGGCGAUAUUUAUCAUACUAGUGGUGGCUUUUGUCAUGUUUAUGAUCCCCACGAAAUACAUAUUCAUGAUUUGGGGAAUCCACAAGUUUACAAGAAAAAUACUUCGACCAAAUCGAGUACCGAAUAAUGAAAUACUCGAUCUGCUGUCUAGAGUACCUAAUGAUGAAAUAUUGCUAAACUGUGAAGAGAUCCCGUUAGAAGAGGUGCCAGAAGAAGAUGUGAUAAAAUAA